CACACCCUAAACAAAAUGGAGACCCUCCACCGAUCCACACGUCUCCUCCCCAUAUCUCUCUCUGCACUAUGCCUUACACGACCAACCACCACCCCGCAAUUUCAAAGAUUCCGACUACCCAUUUCUACCCCCGGCAUCCUAAACCCCAAACCGGCCUUCCACACCCGCAAAAGGUUCAGCUCAUCUCCUUCUCCGGUUGCCAAAGCUGGUUGGUUUCUGGGCCUCGGAGAGAAGAAGAAGGGUCUCAGCCUGCCUGAUAUAGUCAAAGCUGGAGACCCGGUUUUGCACGAACCGGCGCGAGAUGUUGAGGUCGAGGAUAUUGGGUCGGAGAGGAUUCAGAAGAUUAUUGAUGACAUGGUGAAGGUGAUGAGGAAGGCUCCUGGGGUUGGUCUUGCUGCUCCACAGAUUGGAGUGCCCUUAAGGAUAAUAGUCUUGGAAGAUACGAAGGAAUAUAUUAGUUAUGCACCCAAGAAUGAGAUUAAAGUUCAAGAUAGACGGCCGUUCGAUCUUUUGGUGAUUAUUAACCCAAAGCUUCAAAAGAAGAGCAACAGGACUGCAGUAUUCUUUGAAGGCUGCUUAAGUGUUGAUGGAUUCAGAGCAGUGGUAGAAAGAUAUCUUGAUGUUGAAGUUUCAGGUUUCGAUCGUGAUGGCCAGCCCAUAAAAAUAGAUGCUUCAGGUUGGCAGGCUCGUAUUUUGCAACACGAGUGUGAUCAUAUGGAAGGAACUAUUUAUGUUGACAAGAUGCUCCCUAGAACAUUUAGAACAGUUGAAAACUUGGACUUGCCUCUUGCUGAGGGGUGUCCCAAGCUUGGAAGUCGGUAGCUUAUAGUAUGAACAUGGACUGGGAUGAGUUGGAUCAACAAGAAUACCGAGAUAAAGGUGUCAUCCGAUUUAUGCAAUUGAUUAUGGGACUCUUGGUGCAAUUGAUUGUUGGGGAUCAAUCUAAUUGUUUAACAUUUGGUUUAGCAGCAUGUGCAAUUUUGCUAUCUGUUUUAGAACCUUGAUGCCUCUCUUGUUUCAAGAUAUUCUUGUGUUUAUACCAAUUGGGUGUUCCAAUAUAAUCUUAUCCUUGGUGUACUUGGUUUGGUUGCUAUCAACGACAGUUUGUAGAGUGCGUUCUAGGUCUAGGACUCUUAGCAAUAGCUCUAACUUAUCGUGCCCGUCAUGGCGAGUUAUGGUGUAAUGCUUGCUCCUACAGUUUAAUGCGGGAGCAUUUGAUAAAAAAUUAUAUAAUUUUAUUAUUGUUCUACUUAAAGAAUGUUGGGAACCAGUGGCAGAAGUACGUAGUACAUUUUCUGGAAGAUACAGUACGAACCUACCAGUUUACUACAGGAACACCAUGGAUCCAUGAAAAAUUCGUUGUAUUUUGGGACCUGGGGACACAAAAUGUUCAUGUACUCAAACUGGAUGGGUGAAAUAUUUUGUGAAGAGGAGCGUACUGUGUAUUAUGUAUGAAUCUAGCCUCUUACCUAGCGACAAUAUAAACCUGAGUACCUACAACCACUGAUGAAAAAAUCAGUUAAAGAUGACAAUAUAAACAUUCUAAA